AUUCAAGUUAUUAUAUUUGUUCCUCUAACGCCGUUGUGGAAUGGCCUGACUUUAAAUGUAGUACUGAUCUUGUUCUGUUCUGAUUAAACAAUAUGAUUUAACCUGCUAAAGAGGGAAGUCAAAAAACCUGGUUACAGUCUUCUGGUUGGCGUUUCUGACAACUAGUGUCUCGUGACAGCCAUCUUAUCUACAAGUGUAGACUCUGUGUCGAUAAAACUAAGUCGUCAUAUAUAAUGGAGGACAUCCACACACAACUUCCAGGUAAAAUUCACCAGGAGAUCAUCAAAGGCUCUUUCAACGACAUUCAAGUUAUCUGUAAGAAUGGGUCAACAACCGGAAGCCGGCUCGUACUGGCGGUAUUAUCACCGUACUUCGAGGCCAUGCUUUCGUCAGACAUGGCAGAGAGUCGGACAGGCGUCUUGAACCUUCCAUCGGUGCAACUGUCUGUAUUUCAAGAUAUUAUUAAAAUGUAUUUGUGUAAAAUGAAUCUCGUCAAUAACAAAAACUGUAUACAAGUCUUAGAUGCUGCUGAAAUGAUGCAGCUUGACGACAUCAAACAUCUCUGUUACAACCACCUCAAGAACAGUCUGGUAUUCACCGCUGAGAAUUGUCUCAGUUGGUGGAGAUUGCUAAAACUCUACAAUUUCCUGGAUUUGUCCACGCAAGCAUUUCGCUAUUUGGUUAAACACUUGGAUCAUUUUGUUGCAACAGAAAAUGUGAUUCAGCUGUCGAUGGCAGAACUUCAAACAAUAAUCUCAAAAGAAGACUUGAACUGUGAAGAAGACACGGUUAUGAAAUGCUCCCUGAAGUGGAUUGAAACCAAUAACCCGGACACAGAUGGAAUCAGAACUAUUUUUCAACACGUGCGGAUGACAAUCGUUGAUCCAAAACUUUUAAUUGACAAACUUGUGUUUACCAAUAUUAUUUGUCAAAACAGUCCUCUUCAGCAAAAGAUACGAAAAGUUCUGCGUUCGUACCAUGAACAACCCGCACCACCAUGGCCAAGCAUAAAGACUCGGUUAACGUUGCGUUCCAGAAGACGUGAAGUAUUUGUACUUCAUUAUCACAGGACAUCACUUCUGUCUUGCUUCACGUCAGACAACAAGUGGGAAGACGUCCCACCAGCCCCAAUAGAUCCUGGCAUUUGGUACUCAGCGGCAAGUCUGGACGACAGGAUCUACAUCACUGGUGGAAAUAAGGAGAAGAAAUGUACGCUAAUCUAUGACACCUACACAAAAGAGUGGGAGAUUGGGCCAGAUCUGAACCAGGAUCACAGCUUCCACUGUAUGGCCACAGCUCUGUCGCAAGUGUUUGCAAUAGGUGGAGUGAGCAGCAACAAGAUUGAACAGAUCAGCCAAGAGAUCACACAGUGGCAGGUUGUUGCUGAUCUGGGACUGAAGAGAUUUCACGCGUUUGCUGUGACGGUUGGUGAGAAAAUUUUCAUUAUGGGAGGAACAGUAAACCACACCAAUUCAGAUCUCAUCCAGUGUUUUAACGCAACAACUCACACCGUCAGCACUCUAGACUUAAAGUUGCCCUGCAGCUCUGUGGUAAUAAAAGGAUGUGCUCACCUCCCAGAUGUGUAUCUGUUGGAUUACGAUGGCACCGUGAUGCACAUCACGAUCACUCACAUGGAUGGAGAUAUCCAGAUUAAGAUAGAAAACACAGCAGAAUGGAUUUUUUUCAAGUGUGCGUUUGGUAUAGCACUCCAAGGUGGGAACUUGCUGUGUUUUACAAAAGACGGGAUCAAAACAUUUAACCUAGCUAAAGGUAAGGAAGAAAAGAAUACGUUCCCUAAACCACCAAGAAGUGGUAACCUAUGUAACGUGCUGAGAGGUUGGUCUGGAAGGUACUGAACACACUGCAUGGCGGAUUUUAUUUAGUUUCGUAUCUUCGAAAUAUAUGUCCAUAACAUCCCAGCAUAUUGUCUCAAAACAUUUGAACAGGACAGAAUGUUUGCUUACAUAUCAAAAGUGGCUUUACCUUCACAUUAAUUUUAGCCUCCAUGAUGUUUUAACAUUAAUUAGCCACCCUUGUUUUAUAAGAUUAGCCUUUGCUAGGGUUUGUUUUUUUUUUUUUUUUUUUUUGUGUUUUUUUACCUUAGUGAUCCUGGUUUUAUCAAAUUAACCUUCUCUAGUGUUUAGCAUUACCAGUCCCAUUAUAUAUACUGAUGUUCAGGUGUUAUUUUUUAAUUUUUUGUAGAUAAUUGUUUUAAAAUGUCUAGCGUAUGUGAAAAUUAAAAUGAUUGAAAUUGCUAUCGAAAAUAAUUAAAUUACAUUCAUUUUUAAUACCUUAGAAAAUUAA